AUGUCUCCCAAACCCCUCCCCCAGCGCAUCGCCCGAGUCUACAUGCUCCUCCAAGCCGCCAACAACAUCCUCUUCGGAGCCUACUGCGUCCUGGCUCCUGCAUCCUUCGGCGACCUCGCGGGUGGGGAGUUUGCUGUUUCGCCAAGUGGGACGCUGAGGGCUGUUGGUCUCGGCAUGUUCGGCGUCGGCGUCUACAGUUUCGCAGGCGCUUGGACAGACGACAAGAGAUUCUUUUGGCUUACGCUGGGGUUGAGAGCGGUUUUUGCGGUGGUGAUGCUGGGUGUGAGGGAGAGGUGGGGCGUUGUGGGCUAUGAGGUUUUGACGGUGGGGAUGGCGGGGGUGGCGGGGUUUUGGUAA